AAAAACUACAACUAAAAUUAAAACCCUAAGAGUGGAAACACACCCCUGGCUCGCUCACUUCUUAGCACACACCAUUCCUAAAUCUCCGAUUCUCAAGCUCCUCAAAAACCCUACCUUUACACUGUAGCAAUGAGACACUCAUGGAGAGUUCUUCUCUACCGAAAGUAUCCGCUAUCAUCUCUCAAAAUUUCCAAUCAUUUCCAGGUACUACAGCAACACUCUCCUUCUCUACUUCGCUCUCUGUCUCCUUCACUUCACACACUUGCACUACAAAACUCUCAUUUCUCUGAAACCCUACAAAAACCGAAUAUUUAUAACAAAACCCCAUUAUUUGCUCGUAAUUUCUCAUCUGAAGCAUCCUUAGUUGAGCCCACAAAAGACCCAGAUCAUGUUUUGCUUGUUUGUGACGCUUUUACCAAGUUUGAUGAAUUUGAUGAGAUUAGUAAAGAAUUGGAAUUGAAUAGUGUUGUUAUUAGUCAUGACUUGGUUUUGAAAGUUUUGAAGUCAUUGGAACCAAAACCGGAAGUGGCCAAGAGGUUUUUUGAUUGGGUUUUGGAGAAGGAUAGUGGGAGAUUGAUCUCUAAAAGUUAUAACUGGAUGUUAGAGAUUUUGGGGGUUAAUGGUUUGGUUGUAGAAUUUUGGGAUUUAGUUGACAAAAUGAAGAUAAAGGGUCAUGGCAUGUCAGGGGUCACGCGCGAUAGAGUGCAGGAGAAGUUUGAGAAAGAAGGGUUAAAUGAUGAUUUAGAGAAGUUAAAAGGGGUUUUUGCAAGGGGAUCAGUGGAUAAUUCGGUGGAAAAGAUUGGUUUGAGAGUUAGUAGGAUUGUUAGGAAUAAGGUUUGGGGAGGGGAUGUUGAAGGGGAAAUUAAGCAUUUGUGUGCGGAGUUUUCGAGUGACUUAGUGAAGAUUGUGUUGGAGCAUUUAGUGAUGGAGCCAGUGAAAGCAUUGAUAUUUUUUAGGUGGAUUGAGGACAGUGAGUUGUGUAAGCAUGAUGGAAGGAGUUAUAAUGCAAUGGCUAGGGUUUUGGGGAGGGAGGAUUGCAUUGACAGGUUUUGGAAGGUAAUUGAUGAAAUGAGGAGUAAUGGGUUUGAAAUGGAGAGGGGGACUUUUGAUACUGUUUUAGCACGGUUUAUGAGUAGGAAAAUGAUUAAGGAGGCCAUAGACUUAUACGAGUUUGCAAUGACUGGUGCAAAUAAGCCUUCAGCUAAAUGUUGCACCUAUUUGUUGAGGAAAAUAGUUGUUGGUAAACAGUUGGAUAUGGGUUUGUUUUCAAGAGUUGUGGAAAUCUUUACUGGCCACGGGAAUGUUUUGACAGAUCCUAUGCUGGAUGCAGUUCUUAAAGCUCUAACGAAUGUUGGUAAAUUUGGUGAGUGCAAUAAGGUUUUAAGAGAAAUGAAGGUAGCUGGCUUUGUAGCUAGUGGUAAUUUGCAGAGAAAGAUUGCAUUUGGGCUUACUAGUGCUGGUAAGAAUGAUGAAGCAAAUGAAUUUGUGAAUCAUAUGGAAUCAUCUGGUAGAGAUUUGAGUUACAAGGCUUGGGCAUCUUUAAUUGAAGGGCAUUGUGUAUCUGGGGAUCUUGAAAAAGCAUCUGAUUGUUUCAAAAUAAUGGUUGAGAAAAAAGGAGUUUCUGGUGCUGGUUAUGCCAUUGAGUUGUUGGUAAAUGCAUAUUGCCGCAAGAACAGAGCGAUGGAUGCAUGCAAUCUUUUGUGUGAUUAUGUCUGUCAUAAUCAUUUAUGCCCUUGGCAGACUACAUACAAAGUAUUGAUAAGUAAAUUACUGGUUCAGGGUGUAUUUAAGGAUGCCUUAAACCUGUUGGGUUUGAUGCAAAGCCAUGGCAUUCCACCCCAUAUAGAUCCAUUUUUUGAGUUCAUAUCAAAGUCUGGAACAGGUGAUGAUGCCAUUGCUUUUAUGAAUGCUAUGACCACUAAGAAGUUUCCAUCUAUAUCUGUUGCUCUUCGUAUGUUUAAAGCGUUUUUCAAGGCCAAAAGGCAUGGCGAAGCACAAGAUUUCUUGUCUAAAUGCCCAAUUUACAUUCGAAACCGUGCUGAUGUUUUGAAUCUCUUCUGUUCCAAGAAGUUUAGUAAUGAUACUGCUGCUACAGAUGUAUCUGUGUAGGCUUUUGUUGGAGUUUAUGACGUGGAGUAUUCUGUGAUGUCAAUGCAGAAUGGCAUUGUUUCACAAAUUUUGGACAAAACAAUCGAAAUAUAAUGCCCAAGGUGGCAUAAGUUUUUGGAACAAGAAGAGGUUUUAGAUGGUGCUGUAAUGCAAGGCUCAGAAUUUGAACUUGAAAUGGUACAUUUUAUCAGAGCAGGAUCAAGCACGCUAGAUACUUGCAAACUAGAUUACGGGAGCAGAGUCGGUAUCUUGAAAAUUAUUGUUCCAAAGCCACAGCAUCAAUAUAGGAGAAGGGUUAGCACUUAGCACGAAGCUGUGAUGAAGUCUAUAUAAAUGCUACUUUUGACUUGCCUCCUAUGCUCAUUUUUACCCAUUAUAUGCAUUGCAAAUGCAGAAACUAUUCCACAAUCAAAGUUCUUGUAUCUUGCAAGUCUGCUUAUGUUGUGGAUCUCUGUUUUCAACUUUCCAUCUUAUACUUCAAUAUGAGAUCCAUCCAAAUGUUUCUAGUAGAUUGAAAAAGGUUCCAGAACAUCAAGUUAAAAUCAGUAACCGAAAUAUUUGUUGAGUAGUUUUUCAUCACAUAUAUCCUUGAUU